AUGGAGGAGCCGCUGCCGCCCCCCGCCAUCAACCCCAACAACUUCCCGGCCAAGCUGUGGCGGCUGGUGAACAGCCCGCGGUUCCGCUCCAUCCGCUGGGACGCCCGCGGCGAGGGGCUGCUGAUCGACCAGCCGCUGUUCGAAGCCGAGCUGCUGGGCCGCGCGGGGCCGCGCCAGGGCGGAGACGGGGCGGCCGGAGAGCUCUUCAAAACCACCAACUUCACCAGCUUCAUCCGCCAGCUCAACCUGUACGGUUUCCGUAAGGUGGUGGCGGCUCCGGCGCCGCCCAGGGCCGGCUCGGGUCCGCAGAGCGACGGCGGUUCGGGCGGCCACCUGCACCACUUCCACAGCCCGCAUUUCCGCCGCGACCGCCCCGACCUCCUGGUCCAUCUGAAACGCAUGACGAGCGCCAAUAAGGCCAAGCUGGCGGCCGGUCUGGAGGUCGGCAGCCGCCCGCCCAACCGCUUCCAGCGCCCGCCCGGAGAGCCGCCGCCGCCGUCGCCCCCGACGCCCGGCAAGGCAGACAGGAGCGGGCUGCUGGCUGCAGGACAGUUCCAUCGGCCUUACCAACGAGACGGCUUGUUUCCUUACUCCUACAUCUCAGCCUCCCCGCAGAGCCUCAGCUCCUUACCAGCAAAAAGCCCGGAUCGGACUCCGAUCCCUUCCAGAACGUGGCAGAGCUCCCUUGGGCUGCUCCCAGGACACAAGGCGUCCGCAGCCCUCCCAGACAAGGGGGUUGCCUUCCCCAUAUUCCAGAGGCUUCCGACAGAGGUCACGUACACCCUGCAGUCCGGUGCCUCUCCUGUGCCACUUCAGCAGGUCUCUCAAGCCAUUGCCACUUCCCCUGCAAAGUACAGCAGCUACACGUCUCCCCUGCACUACUCACAAGCCUAUUAUCCAACAGCUGCUCUGCCCUGCUGCUCCCCUGCUACCCACAUCAGCCCUCUGACCUGCUGUGCGAGUCCCACAGCUCUGACCUACAGCCACUGCAGCUUCUUCCAGAGUCCUCCAAUGCAGCCAGCUUACGCAGUUGAGUUCCUGCCCUCUAACUGGCCGUACCACACUGAUGAAAGCAAGAAGACAGAAGUAAAUCUGGAAGCUGUGUUUCAGAUCGUCGAUGAAAUGCGUUCGUCCCCGAAAGCUGGAACAGUGAAAGUGGAGCCUGUGGAGAGCCAGUGGUCAAGCCCCCAGCCCAACAGAGGCCAACAGCUGCUAGCUGAUACCGAGAACGACGAUCCACCUUCGGAUGACGAGGGGCAGCUGGAACCUCUCACCCCUGUGGUGUCAGACGUUGCAUCGUUUAUGGUGGGAGACCAAGAGGUGGCCUGCUCUCUGUCACAGCCCUCGGAAUACUUGUAUGCUCUGCACAGCACUGCGUCUGUAGAAUGUGCAGCUGCUCAGGGAGAGAGAGAACCUGCGGCCACGCAGGAAGCACAAGGAAAACUGAGAGAAGAGCCAGACUACCUUCCAGCCCAGUUCUCAGCCAUGAUUGUUCGGGAAGCACAGUCGUUCAGCCCACAGAAGGUGGAUGCUGGUGUUAAGUGUCCGUUCCUGAGGUCGGAGACACAAGAGGUGGGAUGCCUCACUCCAGAAACUGGGCCUGAGAACGAACCUGUAGGAAGCACUGUUUCAUCUGCAAAAACCAGAAACAGAGAGAAGAGAAACAGUUCACAGGAGUACAAGUCCCCAGAUCUCCAUCUGCUGGUGGAUGUCGCUUGCAAGCAGGAGCACUUUCCAAAGGAAGAAAUAAGAGAGUGAGAAGUGGGUGACAAGUAUGUGAAAACGUGCAGCAGCUGCCAGCUGGGUUCUCUCGUCCUGCAGCGCUGUGCACACGGCAGCACUUUGCAUCGUUUCAGCUGUUGGAAAAAAACGAACACCGACAAAAAAGGCACUAUUUGGUAACAACUUUCACUCCGUUGGAUAUUGGUCACCCCGUGGUUUUUUUUACACCUCUUUCAUGACGUUUUCUAGCUGACAAGUUACAAAGCAUCGAGCGGUCAGAACUUUUAAUAUGAACUGAUUAUUAGCUGCUCAUCUUCUCAGACUUGAACUCCCCGUAAGCUGGAACAACCUUGAGAGCUUUGUCUGAACCUUUCUCACUGGGAAACAAGCUGUGCUUCGUGCCGUGCUCAGAAUCUUCCUGUUGCUCGUUGCUGGAAGCCGCAGCGCGCCCUGCGCCGCUCUCACCAUCUCUGCUUGAAGUCGCACUGCGACCCUGCAGUGGGAAUUGUGUGAAUUGUGUGUGAAACAAAGGCGCAGGGAAGUCACAGGAUUCCAGGUCUGAACGGGUCAGGGGUUGGGGAGAGCUGCUGUAGUUGAGAUGAGCUAAUUUUCUGAGCGAUUACCCAGGAAAUGCUCUUCCUCCUAAAGCAGCGCUCUGUUCAGCA